ACGUCUCGGCACUCGGCCCGCACCCGCCCGCCGCGCAUCUGCGCUCGCUCAAGAGCCUGGAACCCGAGGACGAGGUGGAGGACGACCCCAAGGUGACGCUGGAGGCCAAGGAGCUGUGGGACCAGUUCCACAAGCUGGGCACCGAGAUGGUCAUCACCAAGUCCGGGAGGCGGAUGUUCCCCCCCUUCAAGGUGCGAGUCAGCGGCCUGGACAAGAAGGCCAAGUACAUCCUGCUGAUGGACAUUGUGGCUGCCGAUGACUGCCGCUAUAAGUUCCACAACUCACGGUGGAUGGUGGCAGGCAAGGCCGACCCGGAGAUGCCCAAACGCAUGUACAUUCAUCCGGACAGCCCGGCCACGGGGGAGCAGUGGAUGGCCAAGCCUGUGGCUUUCCACAAGCUGAAGCUGACCAACAACAUUUCUGACAAGCAUGGCUUUACCAUCCUGAACUCCAUGCACAAGUACCAGCCUCGCUUCCACAUCGUCAGAGCCAAUGACAUCCUGAAGCUCCCAUACAGCACCUUCCGUACCUACGUCUUCCCAGAGACUGACUUCAUAGCUGUCACUGCCUACCAGAACGACAAGAUUACACAGCUGAAGAUCGACAACAACCCCUUUGCCAAGGGCUUCCGGGACACCGGGAACGGCCGUCGGGAGAAAAGGAAGCAGCUCACUCUGCCGACUCUCCGCUUGUAUGAGGAACACUGCAAGCCCGAGCGUGACCGUGACGGCGCCGAGUCCGAUGCCUCGUCCUGCGACCCUCCGCCUGCGCGAGAACCACCGCCCUCCCCCAGCGCAGCGCCCAGUCCCCUGCGCCUGCACCGGGCCCGAGCCGAGGAGAAGCCCUGCGCAGCCGACAGCGACCCUGAGCCGGAGCGCCCGGGCGGUGAGGAGCGCUCAGCAGCGCCCCUCGGCCGCAGCCCUACGCGGGACGCCAGCCCCGCUCGCUUGACCGAACCCGAACGCGCCCGGGAGCGGCGCAGCCCGGAGAGGGGCAGCAAGGAACCGACGGAGGGCGGUGGGGACGGCCCCUUUGGCCUGCGGAGCCUGGAGAAGGAACGCGCCGAGGCCCGGAGGAAGGACGAGGGGCGCAAGGAUGCGGGCGAGGGCAAGGAGCCUAGCUUGGCGCCGCUGGUGGUGCAGACAGACAGUGUAUCGCCACUGGGUGCGGGCCACCUGCCUGGCCUGGCCUUCUCCAGCCACCUGCACGGGCAGCAGUUCUUUGGGCCGCUGGGAGCUGGCCAGCCUCUUUUCCUGCACCCAGGACAAUUCGCUAUGGGCCCCGGAGCCUUCUCCGCCAUGGGCAUGGGUCAUCUGCUAGCCUCGGUGGCAGGAGGCGGCGGCAGUGGCGGAGGCGCUGGGCCCGGAACCCCCGCGGGGCUGGACGCAGGCGGGCUGGGUCCCGCAGCCAGCGCAGCAAGCACCGCGGCGCCCUUCCCGUUCCACCUCUCCCAGCACAUGCUGGCAUCUCAGGGAAUCCCAAUGCCCACUUUCGGAGGCCUCUUCCCCUAUCCCUACACUUACAUGGCAGCAGCGGCCGCCGCCGCCUCCGCUUUACCCGCCACCAGCGCCGCCGCUGCCGCCGCCGCCGCCGCCGCCGGUUCCCUAUCCCGGAGCCCAUUCCUGGGCAGUGCCCGGCCCCGCCUGCGCUUCAGCCCCUACCAGAUCCCGGUCACCAUCCCACCUAGCACCAGCCUCCUUACCACCGGGCUGGUUGCGGAGGGCUCCAAGGCUGCGGGUGGCAACAGCCGUGAGCCCAGCCCGCUGCCUGAGCUGGCUCUCCGAAAAGUGGGGGGCCCAUCCCGUGGGGCCCUCUCGCCCAGUGGCUCAGCCAAAGAGGUGGCCAGUGAACUGCAGAGCAUCCAGAGACUGGUGAGUGGGCUGGAGAACCAGCGAGCCCUCUCCCCAGGCCGGGAGUCGCCCAAGUGAGGGGGGCUGCUUGGCUGCUGCGCUACCACACGAGUCUCCCCGGGCUGGGCUGCCUGCCUCGACUGCUCGGGACGUGUACAGCACAGAAUGGGUAUUUAUUUAAAUAAAGGAGCAAAAGCAGG